GCGGGCGCUUUUAGUUUCACUUCGUGCGUUGUCCUGCUGAGGCCAAAAAGCGAGCCUGGAGCCGCGGCGUAUCGCGUAGUGUAUAAUCAAGCUAUAUAAUCUGUUAUCUGUGUACCUUAUUUGUGAUAUCCUAACCGACAACAACAAAAUAGUUUGUAAUACUUACAAAUUUUGUUGAAUAAUACAACAUAAUUUAAACUAAUUUAUCUACCAAAAUAACUGUGCUUAAAAUACGAAUAAAGGACGAUUACAUAAUCGGGUACAUCGGCGAAAUGGAUUACGUAACUCUCGUGUGCCAUGCACUGUAAAUGAAAAUGCACCAACUCUCCGCAAGUCUAAAUUAUAUGGCUACCAAGUGAAAAUCCCCCGCUGAGAGAACGAGCCAACCCGAAAAUAGAGUCAUCAAAUUUGUGCCGGCUUCACGGAAAUUAACCGCCGCCGAUUCGCCACGCUUAUAUACACGGCAAUCCGCCGUGAAGUAGGCAACAAAAUAUAUUUAUGCGCCCAAGUGAUAACGGCGGAAAAGCCAGCGAAGCACAACAGGCGCGGACUUAGGCGGCAGGACUCGGCGAUCCGGAGACAGGGGCGGAGUCUGGAGUGAGAAGUGAGGAUUCAGGAGUGAGGAUUCAGGAGUGAGGAGUCAGGAGUCAGGAGGAAGAAAGGGGAUUCGAGCACAGCAUCAGCAUGAAGGGUCUGACGGCGUUUAAGGAGAAGGCGACGGGCGUGUUCAGCGGCCUGAAGCCGAACAUGGAGAAGUUCGAGAUAUCCCAGAGCUACCACGGCGGUCACGGGGGCUACGAGGAGAGAGGGGGCGAGCGGGAGGGCCGCGGACCUGGAGGCGGCCACGCCUACGACGACGACGACGACCGGCCCGACUCGCCCGCCUCCUUCGAGGAGAUCGAGCGUCCGCCGCUGCGGAAGAUCGACAAGUACUGCAAGGCGGAGUGUCCUUGCAUGCCGGCCCGCUACACCAUCGCCACCAUGGCCUGCGUGGGAUUCAUGAUCGCCUUCGGGAUGCGCUGCAACAUGUCCGCGGCCAAGCUCAAAGGAGAGCACAACGGGACUGUUUUCAUGAACUGGACGGUCGCCGUGGAGAGCCAUGUGGACUCGUCCUUCUUCUGGGGCUACUUGGUGACGCAGAUUCCCGGCGGCUUCAUCGCCUCCAAGUUCCCGGCCAACAAGAUAUUCGGCCUGUCCAUCGUAAGCUCCGCCACGCUGCAUCUCUUCGUGCCGUUCGCCAUGACCCUGAUGCACGGUCAUGUGGUGAUUUGUGUGCGCGUCCUGCAAGGACUCUUCGAGGGCGUUACGUAUCCGGCUUGCCAUGGCAUCUGGCGCUUCUGGGCGCCUCCCAUGGAGCGUUCCCGUUUGGCCACGCUGGCCUUCUCCGGUUCCUACGCCGGCGUGGUGGUGGGACUUCCGCUCUCGGGACUCCUUGCGGAUGCCGUGGGCUACCAGGCGCCCUUCUACGCGUACGGGGUGUUCGGGAUCAUCUGGUACAUGUUCUGGAUCUGGCUGUGCUUCGAGAACCCGCGGAAGCACCCGGCCAUCAGCAUACCCGAGCUGAAGUACAUCGAGAAGUCGCUGGGCGAGUCCGCACAUCCCUCGAUGCCCUCGCUAAAGACGACUCCUUGGCGCGAGAUGAUGCGCUCCAUGCCGGUGUACGCCAUCAUCGUGGCGAACUUCUGCCGCUCCUGGAACUUCUACCUGCUGGUGCUGUUCCAGUCCUCGUUCCUCAAGCACAAGUUCGGUUUCAAGGUGGAGGAGGCGGGCUUCGUGGGCUCCCUGCCCCACUUGAUCAUGACCACGAUAGUGCCCUUCGGAGGCAUGUUGGCGGAUCACCUGCGCAAGAACGGCAUCCUGUCCACCACGAACGUGAGAAAGCUCUUCAACUGCGGCGGCUUCGGAAUGGAGGGAUUGUUCUUCCUGUUCGUGGCGCACUCCUCAACUGCGACUGGCGCCAUGUUUGCCUUGACCUGCGGCGUGGCCUUCAGUGGCUUUGCCAUUUCCGGCUAUAAUGUCAACCAUCUGGACAUAGCUCCUCGGUAUGCCAGUAUCCUAAUGGGUCUCUCGAACGGAAUAGGCACUCUGGCUGGCAUCAUUGUGCCCUAUGCUUUGGAUGGUCUUAUCCAAGCUAAUCCUACUGGUUGUUGGACCACUGUGUUCACCUUGGCCGCCUGUGUUCACUUGGUUGGCUGCACUUUCUACGGAAUUUUCGCCUCCGGAGAACUGCAACCUUGGGCGGAACCCCCACCCGAGGAGCAGAAGGUUUGGGCACCACCAGCAGGUGCCAUUACCAACAUGGAUCCUAGCCAGGCGGGAAUGAUGGGAGACUACAUGAAGGAGACCUCAUUUGGCGCACCGGAGUACACCGAGCAGAGCCAAAUGCAGCAGUCGAAUGCCAUUAGCUACGGCGCCACAGGGCACGUGGCCAACAAUCCGUUCGCCAUGGCCAGCGGUGCACCACCCAUCGCCGAGGAGGAUGCCCCACCGACCUACGGGGACGUGUCGAAUACAGGACAAUACGGAUACAACACGCAAGGACAGGUGCCGUCCUACGAUCCGCAGGGAUACCAGCAGCAGUAAAGGGUCGCUUAGACAUACGAGUAUAUCAUAGCCUUUAGUUUUAGUCGGAAAUCGUUUGACGUUAUUGUUUGUUCUUGGUGUGCCGUUAAAGUUUUCCCCACACACUCUCUCUCUGUUUGUUGAGUUCCAGCCACGGAGGAUCCUAAGUCCUUCGGACACAAUACGAGUAUAUUUAACUAAGGAGUAACGAAUUUGUCAGCGAAUAAGGGGAUUCCACAUGCCACACUAACACAAUGAAACUAUGUACCUAACAGAGAAACUACAUAUGCAAACACAGCAAUACCGAUAGCCAUUACCAUUACCGUUAGCCCAGAUAUAGUAGGAACACACACUGGCCCAGUCGAUCUAUAUAGCAAUAUGGUAUGAAAUAAGGGCCUCGCUUGCGCGAACUUCUAUUUACAAGCUCCAAAAACCGAAACUGCAACACAAGAUAGGGAAAGCACUGGAAAUAAAUAGUCAACUCUUGUGUAUAUCAUAAACCACAUAAUCCGCACAAAGCAUAUAAUAACUACCAUAUAUUGAGUCGGUAUAAUCGUAUAUAUAUAGCCAAAGAUUGUUGUUGAACUGCAAACUGCAAGUUUUAUUACCGUUGAUGAUAUUACCUUCUGUGUAAAGAGAACAUUUUAAUCAAACCCAAGCAAUUGUUGAUGUUCGGCACGAAUAAUAACCAUAAAAGUACUAGCUAAUCGAAGAAACAUAAUAAUACUCUGUUAACUAAUUCUUAUUUGCUUUUGGUUGGUUCAGACGAACUUCUUGAUGCACCUUUCGCUUUUGUGUUGAAGGAACAUGAGCAAGGCAUGAUGUAGGUACUAAAUUAUAGAACUCAAGUAGAUAGCAGUAGGCGCAUAUAACCUCAGACUUGGUCUUCAUAUGCUCACUAUAUUAUAGUUAAAAUAAGCAGAAGGAACACUUGGAGCACAAUUAUAAGAGUUUUUAGUUAUUAGCACAAUAUAAUUUAACUUCAAAGAUGUUUUGUUUAAAUCUAUACACUCUAAAAAACUUGAAACUCUUUAUUUAUAUUCCAUCUUACUUUUUCAAAUAUAAAAAACUAAAAAAUAAUAUUUUCAGUACAUUUUUUUCUUUCCCAAUGUGUGUUCCUUUUGUGAAAAUUAAAUAAAAAGUAUUAACUAUCAAUUAAACUAUAUUUAACCUAUUAAAUCUCUCUAAACAAAUAAAUUUAUACGAUUUCGAUAAACUUAGUAGAUUGUAAAUAAAUUCUGAGUUGUGUAAUUUUAAAUCUUUAGUUCAUUUUUGCACCAAAUUUGAUUUAAGAGCACAGUUUCACUUAAUAAAUGCACUGUUUCUUUUAGUUCUUUAAGUUCAAUGCACCAUUGUAAAUGUUUUUUAGUUAAUAAGUUUUAUUACUGCCACGAAAAACAUAUUAAGACGCACUUACUUUCGCACUGUUCAAUUGAAAAUACAAAUUUACAAGCAAAUUAUUUCUAAUCGUCUGUAUAUUAUCCAAACGUAUUUAACUAACCAUUAAUAUUAUAGCUAACUAUAUAAAGGUAAUUUAAAGUAUUCACAUUUAAAUCACUAUGUAUUAAAAACGUGAAAAUUUUCUAACUAAAAGAGUCAAUUCUAAUACCGUAAUUUGUACAGCGCAGCGAUUAAAUACUCACGCAAAUACUCGUAUAGCAACUUUAAAAUAGCUAAUAUAUAUUACAAUUUUAAUGGAUUUGGAUACAGGUUCCAACUGAAGAACAAAAUACUGCUUGUGUGAGCGACAAUACUUAGUGAAAUAAGCUUAGUUAUAGUUUAAAUACUAAAUUCAACUUUUAUUUGUGUUGAUUUGCCUUCAUGAUUUGAUUCUAGGUACAAAUUUUUAACUUAUGCUCUGCGCAUACAAUUAAAAAUGUUGGCCACUGGGGCGUAUGUGUAAUAUUAGAAUAGCUAAAAUCCAUUCUGUACAUAAAUCCAUUUUUACUGUUAAUCCAUUCGUUCAAAUGAGUAUUUUAAGAGAUCGAUUCUCAGAUUAUCGACUUAAUUUAUUCUGUUUUUGGGAGAUACUCAAGCUCUCUGGGCUGUGUGGACAAUAAUGACAUAAAUAUGUUAGCCAGAAAGCCACGUUUGAACUUUUGCUAGCUAAGGUAUGAAAAUAAUGAAAAUCACUUGACAUAACGGUUUGUAAAUACAGUAUAUCUCGUAGUAAAUGCCAUCAUUAAAUGCUUUUGUGAGUAAUUUAAGUGUACAUAAAGCCGACUAAACCGAAGCGUAACUAAAAACUCGACGAGCGCAACUAUAAUAGUGUUAAACCAUCAGUUUUGCUAUAACCAGUCAUAGAUGAACAGGUUACAUCUAGGGUAUUUUAACUGCUAGCCAGACAUUAACGUUGUGCUUGGAAAUAAACCCAGAGUCUCUAAAAUGCAUACACUUUCAUACAGAAAUAUAGGCGCACAAAUACGAAACAAAUAUACGCUAACUAUAUAAAUCGUAUAUAUAUUCAAUUCAUUAAAUAAAUGACAAUUGGGCCAAGGCACUCAUCGGAUUAUGCACCCGAGAUUCCUUGAAAUAUUAUUAAAGACGUAGCAAAGAUAUUAACACUAUACUUAAACCGUGUAUAUAAUUAGAAACAAAUAUUCUUUGUGUUUUCUGAGAGUUCUGUAUGCAAGAUAUAAAAUAUUAAAUCAAAAUUAAGCAUAAUAAACUCAUUCAGAGAUCCCUUUUCUGGCAACACCCGCCCACGUUGUAUAAUUUGUAUGUUAGCUAAACCAAAUUAAGGUAAAAACUUAUAUAUUUCAAUGUAUGUUAAUUAACAAAGAAACAGAUAAAUAUUCCCGGCAGCCACAAAUGAAUAUUAACAGACAGUAUUUAUUUAAAACGUAUCCUGAUUCUAUCAAUGUUACUUAUGUUUGGUUGAAAGAAUUAAGUCCGACAAUGCGAAUUACCAUAUUUGAAGAUCAUGAAAAACAGAACAAAAUUAUACCUAAUAAAAUGUAUUUGGAAUUCAAUAAAACGAACAUGUUAAAAAUUA